CCCUCAGUUGAAAGUUUUCCUCCGGCCCAGAUGCUCUUCAAUUCGGUACUCCGUCAGCCCCAGUUUGGCGUCCCGAGAAAUGGAUGGUCUUCACAAUACCCUCUACAGUCCCUUCUUACUGGUUAUCAGUGCAACUAUAAUGAUGAGCACACUUCUUAUGGAGAGACAGGAGCCCCAGUUCCUCCUUUUGGAUGCACCUUCUCUUCCGCUCCCAAUAUGGAGCAUAUACUAGCAGUUGCCAAUGAAGAAGGCUUCGUUAGGUUAUAUAACACAGAAUCACAAACCAGUAGAAAGAAGUGCGUCAAAGAAUGGAUGGCUCACUGGAAUGCUGUCUUUGACCUGGCCUGGGUCCCUGGUGAACUUAAGCUUGUUACAGCAGCAGGUGAUCAAACAGCCAAAUUUUGGGAUGUAAAAGCUGGUGAGCUGAUUGGAACAUGCAAAGGUCAUCAGUGCAGCCUCAAGUCAGUUGCCUUUUCUAAGUUUGAGAAAGCUGUCUUCUGUACAGGUGGAAGAGAUGGCAACAUUAUGGUCUGGGACACCAGGUGCAACAAAAAAGAUGGAUUUUAUAGGCAAGUGAAUCAAAUCAGUGGAGCUCACAAUACCUUAGACAAGCAAACCCCUUCAAAACCUAAGAAGAAACAGAAUUCAAAAGGGCUUGCUCCUUCUGUGGAUUUCCAGCAGAGUGUUACUGUGGUCCUCUUUCAAGAUGAGAAUACAUUAGUCUCAGCAGGAGCCGUGGAUGGGGUAAUCAAAAUAUGGGAUUUACGUAAGAAUUAUACUGCUUAUCGGCAAGAACCCAUAGCAUCCAAGUCUUUCCUGUACCCAGGUAGCAGCACUCGAAAACUAGGAUACUCAAGUCUGAUUUUGGAUUCUACUGGCUCUACUUUAUUUGCUAACUGCACAGAUGACAACAUCUACAUGUUCAAUAUGACUGGAUUAAAGACUUCUCCAGUGGCUAUCUUCAAUGGACAUCAGAACUCUACCUUUUAUGUUAAGUCCAGUAUUAGUCCAGAUGACCAGUUUUUAGUCAGUGGCUCAAGUGAUGAAGCUGCCUACAUCUGGAAGGUCUCCAUACCCUGGCAUCCUCCUACUGUGCUCCUGGGUCAUUCUCAAGAGGUCACAUCUGUGUGCUGGUGUCCAUCAGACUUCACAAAGAUUGCUACCUGCUCUGAUGACAAUACACUGAAAGUCUGGCGCUUGAAUAGAGACUUAGAAGAGAAAUCAGGAGGAGAUAAACUCUCCAUAGUGGGCUGGGCCUCUCAGAAGAAGAGAGAGGCGAGAGCUGACCUAGUAACAGUGACAAGUAGCCAGAGUACUCCUGCCAAAGCCCCCAGAGUAAAGAGCAGUCCAUCCAUUUCCUCCCCAUCAUCAGCAGCUUGUGCUCCAAGCUGUGCUGGAGACCUCCCUCUUCCUUCAAAUACUGCCACAUUCUCUCUUAAAACCCCUCCUGCCAAGACCCGAUCUCCCAUCAGCAGAAGAGGCUCCGUGUCUUCUGUCUCUCCCAAGCCACCCUCAUCUUUCAAGAUGUCCAUUAGAAACUGGAUGACCCGAACACCUUCCUUAUCACCACCCAUGACUCCACCUGCUUCUGAGACCAAGAUCAUGUCUCCAAGAAAAGCCCUUAUACCUGUGAGCCUGAAAUCAUCCCAAGCAGUGGCUUGCUCUGAGUCUAGAAAUAGAGUAAAGAGGAGGCUAGACUCAAGUUGUCUGGAGAAUGUGAAACAAAAGUGUGUAAAGAGUUGCAACUGUGUGACUGAGCUUGAUGACCCAGUUGAAAAGCUUCAUUUGGAUCUGUGCUGCCUUGCUGGUAACCAGGAAGACCUUGGUAAGGACUCUCUAGGUCCUACCAAACCAAGCAAGAUUGAAGGGACUAGUAUGAGUGUCACAGAGCCUCCUUCUCCUGCCAGUCCUUAUGCUUCAGAAGGCUGUGGAACACUACCUCUUCCUUUGGGAUCUUGUGGAGAAGGCUCUGAAGUGGUAGGCAAAGAGAAUAGCUCCCCAGAGAAUAAAAACUGGUUAUUGGCCAUGGCAGCCAAACGGAAGGCUGAGAAUUCGUCUCCACGAAGUCCAUCGUCCCAGACCCCCAACCCUAGGAGACAGAGUGGAAAGACUUCUCCAGGCCCGGUUACCAUUACUCCCAGCUCCAUGCGGAAAAUCUGUACAUAUUUCCAUAGAAAGUCCCAAGAUGACUACUGUAGUCCAGAACAGUCAACAGAAUUAUAGAUUCUCAUCUGAAGAAAAUCCUUUCAACUCCGAAAUUUACCUAGCCUGGUUCUACUGCCAUGGUGUACCUGCAGCUUCCUCGGAAAGAAUGCUGUGUUUAAAUUUCAUAAAGUAAGUUUGUCACUGUGUAACAUUUUGAAUGAGUAGUCUUUACUUUUUAAAUUAUGCAUCUUCUGUACAAUAAUGACAUCCCCUGUCAUAGAGGCAAAAAAACAAGUGUUGUCUCUUGUUACUCUGAAACUUUCUGGGCACAGUGGAAAGUAUCUGUGGGCCACAGCAGGAGGCCUGUCUGUGAAGGUCAGCUGCUGAAGAGGACCCUGGGUCUCUGCUGCUUCCAACAAAUACAGUUUCAUAUAAAAUAUAUAUAAUCUUUUCACUACAUUUUUGUGGGUAUUUUUAAGUAUGUGGUAAAAUGUGAUGUUUAG